UCCCAAGUCCCAAGCCCUUGAACCAGAAGAUUCUUGAAGCCAAAAAGCCAAAGGGUUAUAGUCUGGUUUGGAUUUCAAUUCUAUCAACCAUGACUGUUGAGGUGAAGGCCGAAGCAACCCAGGUGGCUGAAGUUGUUGUUUCACAACAAGAGGAUGCUUUGAAGGCUGUCAAAGAGACCGAUAAAGUUGAGGGCGAGAAUAAAGUGCUCGAGGCCGAGGCAAAAGUUGUUGAAAAAAGCUCUUCUUAUAGGGAAGAGAGCAAUUUUCUCUCUGAUCUGAAGGAGCAUGAGAAGAAGGCCUUGAAUGAGCUGAAAUCGAAACUCGAAGAAGCCAUUCUUGGAAACAAUCUGUUCAAGGAGGAGGAGAAACCAAAGGGAGGAGAGAAAGAAAAGGACCAAGAAGCCAAAGAGGGUGAAGCAUGUGAGAAGGAUGGGGAAAAAAAGUCUGAUGGAGAUGAGGAGGGGAGAGAAAACCAAGAAGGCGGUGAGGCGAAAAAACCCAAUGUUGAUAGUGAAGAGAAAACAAUUGAAGUUGACAAAAACCAAGAAUGUGAGGAAGAAAAGAAGAUUGUUGAAAUUGAUAGGGAUAUCUCUCUUUGGGGAGUUCCCCUUUUGCCUAGUAAGGGGGUGGAGGGGACUGAUGUAGUCCUCUUGAAGUUCUUGAGGGCAAGAGAGUUCAAGGUCAGUGAGGCCCUUGAGAUGCUGAAAAAGACCCUUCAAUGGAGGAAGGACAACAAGAUUGAUUCAAUCUUGCAUGAGGAUUUGGGCACUGAUCUUGCCCCGGCUGCCUACAUGAGUGGCGUUGAUCGCGAAGGCCACCCGAUUUGCUACAACAUUUUUGGGGUUUUGGACAAUGAAGAGCUCUACCAAAAGACAUUUGGGACGGAGGGAAAGCGGGAGCAGUUCUUGAGAUGGAGGUUCCAAUUGAUGGAGAAGGGAAUACAGAAGUUGGAUUUCAAGCGUGAUGGUGUCAAUUCAUUGCUUCAAAUCAAUGAUCUCAAGAAUUCCCCUGCACCAUCCAAGAAAGAGGUCAGGGUCUCUAUAAAGCAGGCUGUUGGACUUCUUCAGGACAACUAUCCCGAAUUCGUCGCAAGAAAUAUAUUCAUCAAUGUUCCAUUCUUGUACUAUGCCUUCCAUGCUCUGUUAUCUCCUUUCUUAACCCAAAGGACCAAGAGCAAAUUUGUGGUUGCUCGCCCCGCUAAGGUCACUGAGACCCUGCUCAAGUACAUUCCAAUCGAGGAAAUCCCCAUCCAGUAUGGUGGCCUCAAGAGGGAGAACGAUUUCGAGUUUUCCGGUGAAGAUGGCGGAGCUUCAGAACUUCUCAUCAAGGCUGGAUCAACCGAAGUAAUUGAAAUCCCUACACCAGAGGUUGGAACAACAUUCAUCUGGGAUCUGGCAGUUUUGGGUUGGGAAGUGAAGUACAAGGAAGAAUUUGUUCCCACAGACGAGGGCUCUUAUACCAUUAUUGUUCAGAAAGGGAAGAAAAUAGGCACAAAUGAUGGGCCAAUUCGCAACACUUUCAAGACCAAUGAGCCUGGGAAAAUUGUCCUCACAAUUGAGAAUACCUCAACCAAGAAGAAGAAGAAGGUGUUCUACCGGCACAAGAUCAACAAAUCAUGUUUUUGAGUGCUAAAUUAUGAAAUUCGAUUGAUUUGGGGGGACACAGCAGAAACAAGACUGAUUGAAAAUGGGGUUUUUUUUUUUUAAUGUUAGUUCUUGUCUAUUAUUCAUUAGAUUCUUUUUUGGAAACCUCAUUCUUUCGGCUGGAUCAAUAAGGUUGUGUAGAUUGAUUCAUAUUAGCCGAGCUUAAUGUUAUUUGGGUUCUUUUGUUGCUAUUUUGUAAAUGUUUGGGGGGGAUGGGCUUCUUGUUUUGGGGAAGUUUAUGAAUAUUUAUUGGAUGAAUAUGUUUUAUCAUUUUAGAUGGCAG